UGCACCCCUUGCUUGCUCUCGGCCGCACACUCCUCUACUUCACCACAUCCAUACAUUUGCAGUCCAGACCAGCCCCAGUCGAUCCUCUCUCAUUCCCACUUCCACCUUGUUCGUGUUGGUGAUCAAUGGCGUCGAGCACCGGGCUGACAGCUCCGAGCUCACCUGUUGGGACAAAUACUACUCCUCCACCGGCGACCACCAUGGAGCCCAAUAUGGACGCCGGGCUGCUAGCAUUGGCUUGUUCCGGAUCUUUCCACGAUCUGGAAUCAUUCCUCGACGGGAAACCAGCCGCCUACACCAUGGGAAGCUCGGCCACGCAGCCACCUGAUCUGUACGCCGUUACCGUUGGAGGUAACACUCUUCUCCAUGUGGUGGCCGCCAGCCAUGGCGACUCUGAGGACUUACUGAACAAAGCUAAUCUCGUCUACGGCAAGGCACCCAGCCUCCUCUUCGUGCAAAACAGCCAGGGAGAUACGCCCCUGCACUGUGCUGCACGGGCGGGGAACAUCCCAAUGGUGUCUCGUUUCAUUGAUCUUGCCAAAGGUCAGGGCAUUAACAAUGCUAAGGGGCUGCUGGAGACACAAAACAAGCUCAAAGAGACAGCCUUGCACGAGGCCGUCCGCUUUGGGAGCAAUGAUAUGGUCAACUUGCUCAUGACCCAUGAUCCAGAAUUGGCCACUCUUCCUGAAGAAGGUACUUCACCGUUGUACCUCGCCAUCUUACUGGAAAAUGGAAUCAUCGCAAAAACACUCUACGAGUUGAGCGGCGGGGUUCUUUCAUACUCUGGACCAAAUGGACGAAAUGCAUUGCACGUUGCUGUUCAGCGGAGCCAAGAUCUCACGAAGAUGUUGUUAGAAUGGAACAAUGACCUUACACUACAAGGGGAUGCAAACGGAAGUAUACCUCUCCAAUUUGCUGUUAUAACUAUUCUGUGCCCAAGGAAAAGAUACAGCCAACCCAUAUGUUUAGAAUUAUUGAAAGUCAAUCCAGAUGCACUGUAUCAACCAGACCACAAUGGAUCAUUUCCGACACACGUGGCAGCAUCCGUUGGUGCAACAUCGAUCAUCACUGAUUUUCUUAUGAAGUCACCCAAUUGCGCUGGCUUGCUUGAUGCUAGGGGAAGGACAUUUCUUCAUGUUGCUGUUGACAGAAGUAAAGUAGGGAUUGUCAACUAUGCUUGUCGAAACAUAUCACUAUCAUGGAUUUUGAAUAUACAAGACAAAGAUGGGAAUACUGCACUCCACAUAGCUGUAAGAAAAAGAAGUGUGAGAAUGUUUUGUUCUCUGUUAGGGAAUAGACAAGUACACUUGAAUUUGAUGAAUGAGAAAGGGGAGACUCCAUCAGAUAUAGCCCGUCAAAAUAUUCUUAGUGAAAUGGAAAGUGGAGCACAAAUACUCAGGGUACUCAACUAUAUCGGUGUUAAAAGGGGUAUUUCUCACCAGGGUUUCUUGAAUGAAUAUGACACUGACCAAGCAAGACAGGAUGAAGUACAUUUCUUGAGUCAAAUGAAAGAGGGGACACAAAGUCGUUGUAUUUGCUCCGUCCUAAUUGCAACCGUGACGUUUGGUGCAAUGUUCACCAUGCCUGGAGGUUAUAGAGAUGAGGGUCACACUCAUGCAGGGUCACCAAUUCUUGCUGGAACGUUUGGUUUUGAUAUAUUCUUCAUGGCCAACACACUUGCCUUUGCUUUCUCAACCACAGCUACAAUUUUUCUCAUGUUUUCUGGGGAUCCCACGGUACCCCUUGGGAUCCGGAAAGCGCUAUUUCGAAGGUCCAUCCCCAUCAUAUUGAUAUCAGUGUUUUGCAUGAUGCUUGCCUUUGCAUUUGCUGCAGUUAUGAUGUUAGCUCCAGUUGCUCGUAUGUCUGCAUAUGCAGUUCUCCUCAGUGUUAAUCUCCUACUGCUGUAUAACUGUUGGGAAGCAGCAGUCAAGUCUAUUUUUCUGUUCGCAGCACUCUGUAGGAGAAAUGGGAUAUGGUACGGGAUAGUCUGGGGAUGGCCAUUGGCAGCAUUCUUAUUCAUGUCACUUUUUAAUUUGGCCCGGCUUGCCCUGCUGAGUCACGCCGGUGGCAAGGUGGAACCACCGGCACAACCACCGGCACCAUUUGCUUGAAGAGGGUCAAAUACGCCUACAGUACACAAAUGGAGCAUACUAUCUCUUGUAACAGUGGCUGUUUCUCACACUACCAGCUGGAGAUUUAGACAUUUCCUUUUUUCAACAGUUUUGUACCAGUGUAAACAACGAUUCAUGUAUUUGCCUGCAACUGUAUUUUGUCUCGUCCGGAUGAUAUGUACGACUCGCCUAAGUUAAAUUUAAGGAGCUGUAUUAAUUUCUGUUAUGAAUUAAUCUUUUAACAGUAUUUUGAGUA